UUGAAAAGUGAACUGGCUAAAUAGAGGACUGGGCUCCUUCUGAAAUGUAAUCAAUCACGUGACCGCUGCGGAAGUUUUCGCUGCUGGUGCUUUUGAGGCGUGAGAAUAUGUCAUCGGCGAACUCGUCCUGAAAUAUCCCAAAACCUAAACUCCAGUCACCAGGGAAACUGUUCAAAACACAGAGAAGGUUUGAUCUGAACACUGCCUGGACACACCACACAGGGACACACACAGGGACACACAUCUUCACACACACGUACACGUAGACACACACACUCUGUGGUGAUGUCUGAGGCGGAGGGGUGUGUGUCGGUGUGGGAGUGGCUGUGUGCUCUGCAUCUGGACCAGUAUUUCCCAGUGUUCCAGGACGCGGGGUUUGGAACGUUGUUGGAAUGCCAAGGGCUGACCCAGGAUCAGCUGGAGACGAUUGGAAUCAAACUGCCUGGGCACCGCAAACGCAUCCUAGUCAGCCUGCAAAAAACACACCACCACACACACCCCGAGAGAGAGCACGAUGCCCUACUCACACAUCUGGCUGCAGAGGGAGACCAGAGAGGGGAAGAGAGAGCUGUGUUCAGACCCAGUCCUUUGGGGAGAGAGACACCACUACCUGCACAGAGACCAGUAUCGAGAGGAGAGAGACCAGUAUCGAGAGGAGAGAGACCAGUCCCUAAGGAGAGAUCAGUGUUCAGGGAAGAAGAGAGGGAUGGAGAGAGACCGAGACCAGUCCCCAAGGAGAGGACUAAGUACCGCUCUGUCCCUGUAGAGACAUUGGACUGUGGCCAGACUUCCCCCCAUCCCAACCCUACCUUCUGCCCUACCACCCCCAAUCCCAACUCUACCUCCUACUCUACCGCCCCCCAUUCUACUGCCCAGGACCCGCCCUUACCCCCAUCCCCCUCGCAGCACCCCAAACGGCCCCACACUACGCUUCACCCCCACCUCCCCUAAACACU